AUGAGUAGAACGGAGACUCAAAGGCAACCUUUGAAGGAUGUAGCAUUAAACAGGAAAAAGCUGCAUUCGGAAGCAGCAGCGGUGUGGAAUGAGAAAGAUGCAGAGCAGUAUGAAUUGGACCAGGGUGCAUUGACCCCUCCACAUUCAUUCACUCAUCGGUCUAGUAUAUCAGAAUCGAGGACGCCUAACUACAAAAUGAGGAAAAUCAACCCAUUGUCACCAGAGUUGUCUUCACCAAUUAAACCGCAGCGCGCCAAGAGAAUGAAAAGUGAUCAAGGUCGCUCUAGUGGAGUCAAUACGGUAGAAGAGUUUUUGGAACAUUUAUCUGAUGAUUCGCGCGUUGUUGUCUUGCAAGAUCCAAAUAAGAAACCGCCUUAUUCUUAUGCAAUGAUGAUUGUUCUUUCGAUAUUGCAAUCAGAUACCGGUAAGCUAACACUUUCCCAAAUAUAUUAUUGGAUAUCCUCUCAUUUCCCCUAUUAUAAGCGAGAAGAUGCUGGUUGGCAGAAUUCUAUUAGGCACAACUUGUCUUUGAACGAAGCGUUUGUUAAAGGUGGUAAAUCUUUGGACGGGAAGGGACAUUUCUGGGAAAUUAAACCUGGGUAUGAAUCCAAGUUCUUCAAAAAUGAUGAAAGUUUUUCCAUUGAUGAUUUUAAGGUAAAGCUACAAAGAUUCAAGAGUGUGAAUUUGGAUGAUGGUUAUGAAGCUGGCAGUACCACGUCCAGUUUUAAUGGAUCAUCAAUUGCCUCGUACAAUAAGUCGAAAAGGAAAAAUAAGUCAUUUUCAAUUUCUACCAUGGAUGACAAAUCGAGUGAUAUUGGUGACGCGGGUGAUACUUCCUUGGAUCAAAGCAGUGACGGUGACGAAGAAUCAACUUCAAUAACCAAUAUACCUUCAUCGCCACGAUUAGGUGAUCACGCCGAAGCUGCUGGUCAUGGAAGCCAUCAGUUUCCGGCUACGGAUAAAGACUUCCUGUAUUACGAAGAUGAAAAUAUGGUCAAAAGACAAGACUCUAGUCAUCUGGUGGGCCCGUUGAAAUUUAACCAUCGCUCUGUCAGUGCACAUAACCAUGAAUAUGAUGAUUUAAUGGUUGCUGCCGUCUCUUCUCCUAAAUUCAAAAAAUAUUCGUGUUCUUUCAACACAUCAUUUGAACCCGUAUCUCCGAUGAACAAGCUGCAGCUGCCAUCAGUUAACCAGCAAAAUUCAAAGACACCUAUUAGGGAAAGCUCUGUCACUCCUCUGAAAUUCAAUAUUUUUUCAACACCUAAAGAUUUCAAUAAAGAUGGUCUGAACCCACCGGCGUCUACCAGAACUUGGCAAAGCCCGUCUCGUCUAUUUGAAGAUUAUUAUGCGUCAUCACCAGUGUUUUUCAGAAACGUAAUCAAUCAAUCUAUAGAUGAUUGUAUGAUACAGUAUGACACAGAAAAGAAAUGUAUUGAUUCUCCCCGAAAGUUGAGUCUCAGAGAUCAAACUUCUCCCAAGGAAUCCAGUCAAUCAGGAUUAAUUGAUCACUCCAAAUAUUCAUCAAACAUUCUUUUUGGUGUUGAUGUUUGUUCAGUGUGGAAAAGGGCGAUUGCUCAUUGUAACAGCAAUGAUGAAGUAGAUAGCUAUCGAGAAGAGGUAACAAAAAACGAUUUGGACCCUCCUUUUGAUGGGAUGAACUAA